AUGGCACGCGACUCUUCACUGUUGUCGUCGGCGCCCACGAGCGUCGCGUCGACGCGGGUGGCAAUAAGUCAUGUGCAGCUGCGAGACUUGAUGAUAUGUCCGAACGAGAGGGGAGUUGUGAAUUAUAUUCAGAGGGACCCACCUCAGAGGGACGAGCCUCAUGAGAAGGGCGCGAUAGUAGAGCAUGAUGUUUCUACACCACGUUCGAUACCCCGGAGAAUCGCCAUGCUACGGUUUGUCCCCAAUACGCUGGCGUCGCUCCAGCUCCCAGGAGCGACACUGUUCGCCGCUGGCGGUCAGGACGCCGAACUCCACCUAUCCUUGCAUACUCCCACGUCCUUAUCCCCGGGUGACUCCUCGUCGGAUCCAGAUACAGUGACUGUCAGGAAAACGACACAAUGCGUCUGGAGCAAAGAACACAAUCUGCAGGCGUCAAUCAACAAUUCCGUGACGUUCACGAGUAGCAACCUCAAUCUCGCGAGGUCGCACGACAGCAAAGUUGAGCCGCGGGUAGUUGUGAGCAACAAUAACGGCACAGUACGGUUCUUUGACAUAGGCACCCGUUCGCGAUCACAUACAUUAGACGAUGCAGGGACGCUUAAGCUGGGCGUUGCUGUCAAUCACUCGUCCGUAUCGCCGGACGGCCGCACGCUGCUUUCCGUCGGUGACUCUUCUCAAGUCUUCCUUCAUAACCUCUCCGGCUCCUCCCGCCUAACUUUCACCCCCGUCUCCACCUUAACCCUACCCGCGCCAUCGCCUUCCGCUUACGGUCCCGUAUCCACGAUUCCUGCAUCUUUCUCCACAGCGUUCUCGCCGAACGGCACCAAGUUCGCCGUAGCAAGCCAGGAGGGCAUGGUCGUUGUCUGGGACGUGCGCAGCUCGAAGCCGUUCAAGGUGUACGAGUCCGACAAGUCGAGGCUGCCGAGCUGGUGCCGGAGUGGCUCUGGGCUUGCAAGCGGCUACUUGUACGACGAUCCGUGGGAUUGGGCUAGGGGCGGCGCCAGGGCGCCAGGUUGGGGCUUUAGAUGUGUCAAGUUCAAUGAUCCAGUUGGGCACGGGCGGGAGCUCAUGACCUUUACGGAGCACACAUCAGUCCUCCACGUGGUGGAUGCUAGGACAUUUGAGACGGAGGAAAUAAUCCAUGUACCGAAGGCGCUCAAUGCAGAACCCUUGGCUUCCGCGGCGCGAACGAGUCCGACAGUACGUCCACGCACUCGGGCUGCGGACAACAGCUCUUCUCUGGUGCACCGUUCGGCAUCACGAUCUUCUUCAACAGUGAGGUCGUCAUCAUCACCUCUCCCCCGCAUAGUUGUCUUCAGCAACUCGCCACCGGAAAGUGCUCGGUCAAGUUUCAGUGAUGCCAGGGAGGACCGCAGGCGGGCUAGAGAGGCGAUUGAGGAGCACUUGGCUGAAACCGCGCGGAUAAGGCACAGACUUGAGCUAGAAGAGCGCAGGCGAUUCAGGGAGCGUAUCCGUGCCCUCGGGGAUUCAUCUGCGUCUGAGGAUGAAGGCGAUCACGAGGUCGUUAUCCCGCCCUUUGGUAACUUUGAAGAGGAGGAGCAGAUCAGGCGGAUCUUGGUCCAGCAGGGCGUCCGCGCGCGGACGACACGAGAGGUGACAGAUGGCGAAGGAGACAUGGAGGUUGACCCUGAUGGAGAGGAUUUCGACGUGGACGCAUGCUUCUCGUCACGCGAGCCGUCGCGAGAAAGCUCUCCGGUGUCUGCGCUCCCCAUUCAUGUGCCUAUGCCCGUGCAGUCGGCAUACGAGGCAUCUGACACGCUACAGGUACCGUCAGGGGCGCACUCGGCUCGCGAUAGGCUUGUCGCGCGGGUUGGCAGGCUUGCCAGCGCUCGCCGGCACGCUAGACGUAAUGAGUCCAGACAGGAUUCCAGCGGUGGGAUGGCUGAGCAGGACAUGGAUCUAGCCGGAGUGUGCUUCGAUCCCAGCGGCUCGUGGUUAUACGUUGCUUCUACGAAUGCCGUGGUUGAGUGGUCGGUGCGGGGUACAGAGAAGAGGUGGUGGUACGGCUCUGAAUGGGCGUGAUGAAACCCUCAGGCUCGUGCCACCCGCCAUUUUUCCCCUGCCGCUGUGUUCUAUUGUACUUUGACUUGCUGUCCUGCUUUGUUGUGUCUCGUUUGGAUUCAUGCUGUGUAUUUCCUUGUAUCCCAGACGAUGGGGGAUAAGCAUUGUAGCACUACAAAGGACUAUUUAUACUCCUUCAUGCAUGUCCGGA